CCGAACCUCACUUUUUUUAAACUAAACAAAAACUCAAAAACAAAACAUCACAACUUUCGACUUUCAUUAAAAAUAAUAUUUUUGUAGGUAGAAACUGUAGAAAGUGCUUUGCUAUCUUUAAAUUGAACGCUACUCUUAAGUCUGAGUCUGAAAACUAGAAAAAAUGAUUACAGAACCAGAUAAAGAACACGUCCUCUCAAAACGUAUGUACAAAAUCCUAGAAUCCCGCAUAGAAAAUGACCAGGACACAAUUGAAGCCCUGAGAGAAUUAUCAACAUUCUACACUGAAAAUACUUUACAAGCUAGAAGAAAUCUGCGUAGCCAAAUAGAAAAAAGAAGUUUAGAUAUCAAUCAGAAUUUUUUAGCUUCCUUUAAAGCAGUCAAAGUGAGUUUUGAUAGUGUUUACAAUGACAUUGCGGAAAUGAACAAGAGCAUUCAAGAUAUGACCCUUCAAUUGCAAAACGCUAAAUCACAAACCAAGAAGCUGUUGCAGAAAACUAGCGCCCUUCAAGAAGAAAAAGUAAAGAUUGAAUUACAUCAAGACAUCACGUCGUCUUUUCUAAAAUCGUUUCAAUUACAACCAGAAGAUUUGGUGGCUCUAUACGGAGAUGGACACAAACGUGACGUGCCUAUUACCUUUGAUACUUUUAGAGCUCUGGAAAAAGUCCAAGAAAUACAUAGCAAUUGCAAGAUAUUGAUGAAGGCUGGCUUACAGACUUUGGCUUUGGAUACAAUGGAACAAAUGACGCAACAUAAAGAAGGUGCUUUGGAAGUGAUAUACCGCUGGACGCAGAGCCAUUGCAGAAAUGUAGACAAUCCUGAUUUAAAAGACAUACUUGCUCAGGCUAUGGCAAAAUUACAAGACAGAAUGGUUUUUUUCAAGUACGUUAUUGAAGAAUAUUGCAUCGGUAGAAGAAGUUUUUUGGUAGGGGAAUUUUUGAAUGCUUUGACGAAAGGAGGGCCCUCAGGAAAUCCAGCUCCAAUAGAAACGCGAGCUCAUGAUGCUCAAAUAUAUGUUACUGACAUGUUGGUUUGGAUAAACAGAGCCAUUCCGAUUGAAAAACAAAACUUACAACUUCUAGUAACAUCUUGUACAUGUGAAAACUUAGAUGAAAUUGUUAAUGAUGCUCUCGCUAAUAUUUGCGAGGGUAUUUGCCAGCCUUUGAAAAUAAGAAUUGAAAAAAUUUUAAUUGUUCCCACACAAGCUGCUACGCUUUAUGCUGUAGUAAAUAUGUUAAGGUAUUAUAAAAAAUGCAUCAAUAAGCUAGUUAAAGGAGGUCAACUUGAAGACACCUUAACGGAAUUAUUAGAAAAGAGUGAGCAAGUAUUUUUGGAAUUGUUGCAACAACAAAUAAAUGGCCUUUUGGUACGUGUUGAAGCACCUCCGAGAGAUUUAAGCCCGACUUCAGCUGUCUCUCAUUUAUUAGCUGUUUUAAGAGAUAUGCUGUCAACAGCUAGCAUGAGUGAAGGCCGUGAAACUGAUAUGAUAAAAAUAGCAAAUGCAGUCCUAGAGCCACUUCUUAGAGCAGUCAAUGAGCAAGCCGCAAGGUUGCCACCAACAGACAUGGCUGUUUAUUUAUUAAAUUGCAUGUAUUCAAUGUACACUUGCUUGAGCAUGUACGAAUUCAUGGAGGAUAGAUUAGAGAGGUUGCAGGCUCAAUCAGAUGCCCAAAUUGACACACUUACCUCGGAACAGGCAAGUUCUUUGGUAGCAAAUUUAAGUUUGGGCCCUAUUUAUACUAUACUUCAGGAUCAUUCUCAAGACGCUUUAUCUGGAGUACCAGGUAUGGAGCCUUCAAAUCUUCGUAAUUUUCUUUUGAAGUUAACUAAUUUGUCAGUGCAGCCGGAUUCCAUUUUGCUGCCUCAAAUUAACUUAUUGCUGUCUUCCAAACAUAAAAAGUCCGUUCAAAAGAGGUCAUUCGCUCUUCUUCUGGCCAUUUAUAAGCAGUUGUACGAAGCAGUCCAUAAUCCUGCUAAUCAGUAUGAUAAUCCUUCAGACAUUUUGAGUAAAACACCUGAAGAACUUAAUUCGAUGUUUGAAUAGAUGAACUCGUGCACUAUUAUGUAUUAUUUUUUAUUGCAUAUUUUAAAUUUAGGUUUAGGUGUAAAUUAUAAAAUUGAAAUGAGUUCUAGUGAAUAGGGUCUUCUGAAGAUUCUCCUAGGAUUUAUUGCAGUUUGUCCUACUCAUUAUGAACAGUUUGUUCUUAGUUAAAUGAAUAAACAUUAUUAA